AUGCGUGGUGGUGAAAGAUGGCUGUACCUCACCACAGAUAAGAACUGGGGAGUUGGAGGUCAGCGCGAAUUCGGCGAGAAUUUUAACUGCAAAAACAGUUAUGUCUUCCACCCUCGCACCAUGGGGGCUCCAAGUCCGGAUCUUUUACCAAAGGGCUGGAUGCUCUUCGAUGGACAGGUCCCGUUUGGGUCGAAUGGUUGGGUCGAAUGGGUUCUUUGA